UCUCUCACUCUCAGCAUCACUCCCCUCGUACACGCUGUCCUGAAAACCUCCAGCAACACUAAAGGCAUCGGUCUGUGUGCGCUGAGCCGACAGGGAGGAGGAGGUGGGAUCUAGUAGUAGUGGUGGUGGUGGUUGUGGUAGUGGGCUUAAAAGACCGUUUUACGUGCGAGCCGUGCAGAAUAAUUUUGGAGAAAGGGGGGAAAUCACGACGAGAGAGAAAGAGAAAGAGAAAGAGAGAAAGAGAGAGAGAGAGGGAACCCCCAUCCCUGUCAACAUUAACCGAGAUUCCCGUUAACCACAAACCCGCCACCAUCGUCAACAUCCUCGGCAUACGAGUAGAGUAGAGAGGGGGUGGGUGGGCUCGUGUGAUGAGGUCGCCCUGCAGCGGUGCUUCGGUUAUGUUAAGAUAAAGGUAGAUUUUUUUGUGUGUUUGCGCUUUUGUUGCCUUUGUUGUGUGAAGAAAUAAUACACAACAACAACAAGAAGAAAGAGAAGAAAGAGGAGAAACACAGACAAGGACCGAGGCUGAGGGAGGGAACCGCUGACUAUCCAUGAGCUCCGAUUUCCCGCACUACAGUUUCAGGAUGCCAAAUAUAGGGUUCCAGAACCUUCCCCUUAACAUCUACAUUGUAGUGUUUGGGACAGCCAUCUUUGUCUUCAUCCUCAGCCUCCUCUUCUGCUGCUACUUAAUCAGGUUACGGCACCAGGCGCACAAAGAGCUAUAUGCAUACAAACAAGUCAUUCAGAAGGAAAAAGUCAAAGAGCUAAAUUUGCAUGAGAUAUGUGCGGUGUGCUUGGAGGAGUUCAAACAGAAAGACGAGCUGGGGAUUUGUCCAUGCAAACAUGCCUUUCAUAGGAAGUGCCUCAUUAAGUGGUUGGAGGUGAGGAAAGUGUGCCCGCUGUGCAACAUGCCCGUCCUGCAGCUCGCCCAGCAGGCCGGCAGCACAGAGCCCCCUGUGCCAAUACAGCAGCCACUGCCCGGGAUCGAGAACCUGGUGUAGCGGACUCAGACCGCCCCCCUCUCUCUUACAGUACACUACAGCCACACAUCCCAUCACUCAUACUCUCACCUGUACAGGUACACGUUGGUAUGAGUCUGUGGACAGACUGGAGAAACUGGAGUUACUGCGCAGAUACUCAUAAAAAAAACAAAAACAAACAGUGAAUCUCCACCUCUCUCUUAUCCGUGCAUUGGUUCACCAAAAGGAAUCGCUGAUAUCAGUUAUGACUGAUAAUCAUCUUUUUUUUUCUUCAUGUUUUUUUUUUCUUCUUCUUUUUUGCGGACGAUGAAGACGAGUUGAUGUAGAAGAAGUUUCGUUCUUGGCCAAGAUGUGGUCGCUAACUUUUUCACAACCAAAGCACUUUUUCUGGGGACACCAGCUAAAGACCAGGAGAAAAAAAACGAAAAACAAAACACAAAAGCCAAGAACUAUUAUACACUAAAAUAUAAAUUGUUUUUUUUUUUUAACAAGCACUUUAUGAGAAGUCGAACCUUAAUUGCUUGUGAUCGUAGUAGCAAGGUCGUUUUUUAUAUUUUAUCAUUAACUAUUAUUUUUAUGUACAGUACAAAGCCACAUGGGUUUUCAUUUUUAAUCGGUAAACUUUGAGUUUUAAACAACAACAAAUACAUAUAUAAAUAUAUAUCUCAAAGGGACAACGAUACCUAUGCUGGUAUGUCAGGAAAAUCUGGACAUUUGCUUUGUGUUCCAAUUGCACACACACACACACAUACAAGAAAUUAAACUCAAAGCAACCUCGAGACUUCGUGUCUGACUAAAUGUGAAAAGUUUGAAUGUGUUAAAACCCAGAAUUUUUCACACUAAACCUGUCGAGUUUGUUCCUCGUCACCUGUUUGUCGUUCAUUACAAUGUGACUGUUAUGUUAUCAUCAUUUGUUUAUUCUGUCCAAACAGGAAGGUGAACAAAUAAUAUUUUAAUGAAAGGAGUUUACCGGGUAACGUCAUACACAUACUGUGCAUACAGUAUAUUAUAUAUACCGUCACCCCAGGCGUUGCUCAUGAUUUUUGUUUAUCAGAACAACCUCUCCAACCGAAAAAGGAAAUAUUCAACUACUGUGAUUAUCCAAACCAGUAUUAGCGUGUAUGAGCUGGUGCUUUAUCUUAUGGAGCUGUUUUUACAGGACAAACACCAGUAAAUGAGGCAAUACUCGACGAAACAUCGACAAAAAUGUAACAAAAAUGUUCCAGUUGAAUUUUGCUCUGCCGCUGCGUCAUUUUUUAUUUAAUUCAACCUGAGCUGUGUGAAUGUUAACGGUGGCUUGCUUCACGAGCAAACACAUUUCCAACAAUCUUGUUGAUUUAUCUUAAACUAGCGUCACAUAUCCUGCUUAGAAAACGAUCGCUGAUUCGAUUUAGGAUGAGAUCAGGAACGAGGCAGGCGUUUUCCUGCUACAUACACAGUUGUGUUUUGUUUUUUUUUUGCUUCCACCCCAGUUGAUUAUUUAUUUUUUUAUUUAUUAUCACUUCUUGGUACAGCUGCGUAGAGUGAACGAGUUAGCAGACUGACACACCUGCAUCAGAAUCACUGCCCUCAGCAUAUCAUCAGCAUAUCCUUUGCUCAGGAUACACACUACUUUGUAAAACACACACACACACACACACACACACAUACUGUACGUGCACACAGGGAAGGGCUCGAUCCCAAAUCCCCCCCUCACCACACACACACACACAUCCCCACGGCCUGGUCUGUCAGAGAGUCUGUGGUCAGCAGGUUGUAAAUGAAGCAGCGUUUUCAUUCAUACACACACACACACACACACACACACACACACACACACACACACACACACGCACGCAUACAGGUCGUGCUUUUUGGCUGCAGUAUUCUGGUGCUUUCGCCUCUCUCCCUCUUUUCUGUACGUACGGGGAGCCUUUUUGUUUUGUGCCACACAUACAGCAACUCUGAGCCCUGCCGGCUUUUGUGGUCUUUUUUUUUUUUUUUGUCCUCAUCCGUUGUUAGCUGCUUUUAGCGAAUGUGUUGUGGGUAAAAUGUGCUGAUCUGAAACGGUGGCUUUAAAAAAAAAAGGACUAAGAUAAGUUGGAGAAUGUCUUUUACCUGCGAUACGCUUUUUCAAAAUACAAUCGCGUCAUCUUUAAAGGCACAAUCCGUGAUGAAAUGUGAACAAAAGAGGAGCAGAGGAUAAAAAUCAAACAUGGUAUCCUCUUUUAGGACAUUAGACAACAUUUAAAUCUUAUUUUGCCGUGUGUUCUAGCACCGUAGACUCAAAAUCCAACACAAAUAUCUCCAAUUUGACCAAACAUUGACAGACAUGCGCAGGUUCUGAACACACACAGAUGGUUUAAAAAGGGCGAUAAUGCAUUUCACCUUCUAUGGCAGGAGCGCAUUGUUCCUCUGACCUCUGUGCUUUGAACGUUGUCAUCUCUGUUGAAUGUCUGCCCACACCCCACAGGUAUGACCUUUGUGGUUAGGUCAGAGCAAUGCAGCAAGGUGAAAAUGUCAAAAGCAGGGGAGCGUUUUAGUCAGCUGUUCCAAGCCCUGAACAAGGUCCAGUCCUCUGAAAAUUCAGCAGCACUUUGCCACCAGCUAUUAACAUUUUAAAGCAGCUCUUGUUCAUGUUAAGCCUUAUUCGAUCAAAAAACUGCCACUAUUA